UCGAGGAAUAAUUCCAAAAGUAGAAAAUCGGAGUCUACAGCUGAAUCUGACAAAGAGAAUUCGCCCGUAGUUAAGCUGUCUGAUAAUGAUAGUCUUACAAAGGUUUUAUUAAAUACCACUCGCGAUAACCGAAAGGACGGGGGGAAUGUGAAGGACUUACAAAGAACAGUAGAUCUGUUGCAAAAAUUAAUUCGUUCCAAAAAGUAUGACAGCCUCACAAAAAAAUUCUAUCUAAGAGCGAUUAUGAAGCAACUGGUAGACAAUAAAAGUGACAGUUCAGAGAGUGUCCUUCCUCAAAGUGAGGUGUCCGAAACCGAAGACAGAAGUAAUGAUAAGAAAAUUACAAAAUCGCCCAAACAAACUGUACUAGAAAAAUUAAAGACUGAAACAUUCGCCACUGAAAUUCCACCCACGUCAACUAAUAGCGACCGUGGUAGAUUGAAACGGAGUCGACUUCUCACUUUAACUGAUUCUGAUUUGUAUGACACGGUUGCCGCUUCUACCAAUACCACUACAAAGGAGUUUGGGGACACAAAUCUACCUUUGAGAGAAACAAAUGAUGUGCAUAGUUCACUAUCAAACAAGGAUGGCACUAAAAGUUGGCGGGAGGAUAAAACUCGAUCUGAAAAACGUUUAGAGGAAGGAGCCGGGGACUGUCACAGUUUGGGAAAAAUUACUACAAAAGAAUUAAGUGAUGGGAUUAAGGAGGUGCAGCAACUGCAAACGAAGACUUCCGCCACAAAGGAAUUACAAAAUUAUAAUGUAGAACAAUUAAAUGGUGUUGGCAAAACAACAACAGUUUACGUCCUAUCGACACAAAAAGAAAGCAUUCCUUCACAAACUGAACCAAAUUCCUCAACGGUGAAUAACAAUCCAUGUGCCUGCAGUUGCAGAUGUUCAAGCUCGAAGCCGUCAACCGUCCUUAAUACAGUUAUCGAAGUUGGAGGCGAUACGAUUCACUUGCAAGAUGCCCAUUUAAUAUCGAGCGAGGAAUUUACCACGAAAAAUGCUAACGCGCGGUGUACCACGGUAGUUCGUCGUUACACAUUCGAAAUACCACUGCAAGGCGCUCCCUCCAAGAAUGUGCAGCUUACUCCGGUUUAUAUUAACGACGACGCCAGUGGCUUUUCGAAAAGUUCGACAAUACACAAAUCGGAUGUGGCAAGUGGCAAUGUGUCGGAAAUGAGCGGAAAUUCGAAAACGUCCAAAAGUGUGUCUACACCAGGUUCAUUUUCAAAACGGGGGUCGCAAAGUUCUUCAAAGAAGUCCAAAAAAAGUAGCAGUCGAUCUGCACAUGAAGACAAUGAAAUACAGAAGAAGGAUUCCGCUUCCAAUAAAAGUGAAGGCGGCCUAGAGCAAGAUACUGAACCACCUCAAACACUCGAAAGCCAAAAGGAAAGUGAAGGCUCUGAUGAAAGAUCAUCACGUGACAAGAUUUCAAAGACCCAACUUUCUUCUGAUGAGAGCGCAAAAGAACCUGGACGAAAAGACGCAGUGGCUGAACCUGUACUUAGUUCGACCAAUAAACUCGCCGAAAAAAUUAGUGUCACAGACAUCCCAAAAGCAAACGACGAUGUAAUUACCUACAGUAGUCAAUCUGAAACAACAUCUGAAGUGGUAUAUACCGCUUCGAGUGGUAGUUUUGAAGAAAAGAACUGUGAUCAUUUAACCGGCGAACUCGUGUACCUGGACGAAAUUCCAAGUUCCUACCAAAUCAAUUUAGAACACGUGCACGUUCAAGGGAACAAAAGUGGAAGAAAUGCGACUUUGUCCAAGGAACUUGUCUACUCGGACAGUAUACCAAGUACUACCGACCAGAUUCCAGAGAAGAUCAUGAUAGAACUUUGCGAUUGUUGUAAGACUUCAAAAAGCUCAUCGUCCACAUGUGUGUGUUGUAAAGAAAGAGAGGCACAAACAGCGUCAAAGUGCUGCCAAUGUAGCAGUACUCAAAGUACUAAAGACAGUGAAAAGUACAUUCUUUGCUAUCCAUGUUAUAAUUAUCAUCAACAGUUUGUUGACGAUUCUAAGCCUUAUUUUAGAGAGGGAUACGUUUGCCAGUGUCAGACGAACCAGAAGGCGACGCGAGGCACUAUAAAAGAAAUAAAAAAGACCAUACAACAAUUAGAAAAUUUGGAAAGCACAACUGAGCUGUGCCAUUGUGAUUGCUCAUGUGACGAAGUUAUUUCCAGCACAAAUUUUUGUGAGCACUGCAACUGUCGAUUAAGACCUAGAUAUCGGAGACGAAAGGGAGGGUUGGCUUACUGUGUAACACUGGAGUCGGAUGAAAACAUCGCCAGUAAUGAACAAAAUUAUUCGAUGGAAGCAUUAGAAGAAAUUAAAAUCAAAGUCCCUAGUCCCAAUCCCACGUCAGAUCAUGUUGUCAGUUACUGCAAUUCGAAAUCAUGCAAAGCGAAGAAUUUUCAAAAAAGUUCCAAUUUGCAGUGCAAAAGAGGUAGAGAUAAGCAAGCUGCGAAUAAAAUGUCGGAUGCGUCUACCAAGUGCAGUCAUUGCUUAUACUCUUGUCGUCCUGCUGUUUCAAAUGAAACACAAACAACUAAAAUCAACCAUCAUAAUCGCACUAAUAAAACAUCUCAGCGAGUUAUAAGUACCUAUCAUUGUGAAGAAAUGCCAUCCGCCACGAAGGGUUUUAGAGCGAGCGAUUUGGAUCAUAACCAAAUUGUUACCGAAUGUGAAUAUCCGAGAUCGAAAGGCAGAAAGGAGAAGCCUUACACUUUGCAGGAGUAUCUAUGUCAGAACCGACCACGCUUUGUUGUUAUGGCAGAGCAAAGGAGACAGUGCUUACUUGACCUGGCUGCAGUUAGAGAGGAGCAUAGUGAGAAGUACAGGAAAUUACUAGCAACGACACAAAAACCAAUGUCGCUAAAUACUAAACGAUCUCAAAAUAAAGUAAAGCGCCCCUUUUCAUCUCGGGAAAUGAAACAACUUACCGCCAAAAAUUACAAGAAAUGCCCCGAAGUGCAACAAAAGUUGGUGGACGUACGAGAACGACAAAUUAAGAAAGCGAAUAAACUUAUUUAUGAUGUUUUCAAUCAGAAUUUACAGCACCAAGUUUUAAGAGGGCGACACACACUUCCGUUGGAAGCGACAGUUGUUAAUUUCUAUUGAUUUUGUUUGUUUAUUUUUUUUAUGUUUGCAAUUCGUCAACAAAUAAUUUUAUUCUUGCCAAUGUAUAUGUCUAAUAAUUUGAGCGUAAUAUAUUUUUUGUUAAAAA